AUGAUCCUCUACCCGCUCCGAUCCGACCGACCAAGUUUAAGCUACGAUAGGCGGUCCACGAGUGUAUCAGAAUGGCAACCAGUAGAUACAAAUGACGAGCUGUCGCCUACACUACAUAAUGACCACAACGUGGAAUUCUGUGAGGAACGGAAUAAACCGAAUGUCGCCAACCAAUACACAGUCAAAGACGUCGGUGACGGGCUGAAACUCUUCAUAUGCAAGACGUGCAAUCGCAAAUUCGAGGGACGAAAUCUUUUCCGACAGCAUUAUGUGACAGUGCAUUUAAAACUGGGGCGGAAAACUCAUUCGUGUAAUCGCUGCGGGUUGCAAGUUGAGCCAUAUAAGCGGGCGUUGCAUUUGGAGGAAGCUCAUGGUGUUCCGCGGCCAACAUGCAAUGUGUGCGGGAAAAAAUUUCCGUUUCCAAAUCAGGUCAUGUGGCAUCAGAGGAAAAUACAUAUGGGCGAAAAGAAAUUUCAAUGUCCCGAUUGCCCAUACAAGUUUGCAACAUCUUAUCAUUUGAAAGUGCAUCAGGUUAAACAUACUGGAGAGAGGCCUCACAAGUGUGAAUACUGUGGGAAGACGUUCAAAUGGAAAAAGAGUCUACAGACCCAUCUAAUGAUUCACAUGGACGUUCGGAAGCAUGUUUGUAAAGCGUGUGGAGACGCAUUUGUCCAAAGCACGAGAAAAAACGAAAGAAUACGCGAAGAUAUAAAGCGAGAGGACAAAAUUCUCGGCGAUCUCCCAACUGCCAGCAGCAAAGAGCUAUCUGCAAAGCAAAGACAGGACAUAAUGAGACAGAAUGUCAUCCAAGUACUGUUAAAUUCGACCGUAAUGCCUUUCAGAUGGCUUAAAAGUUCUUUCAGGUGCUUCUAUUGUUACGACGUAUUCAGAGAGCCGAAGGAUCUUAAAAGUCACAAUGAAAUUGUACACGGUAACAACUAUGAUGAGAUUAUGAAAACGAUGAAGACUUAUUGGGAGCCGAUAGUUUUUGUAGACAUAACCAACAUGACGUGUAAACUGUGCCCAGAAAAUAUAACGGACUUCUACAGUUUGAUAGACCAUUUGAUGUUCGUUCAUGAUAUAUCGUUUAACAAAGAUAUAGGGUUUUGCAUGAAUCCAUUCAAGUUGUACAAUAUAUCGGCAGCGUGCGUGCUAUGUGACAAAGUUUAUAGUACGUUUGGGCAUUUGUUAAUUCACACAAAUAGAGACCACAAAGGUUGCUCGCAGAUUCUGUGCGAUAUAUGCGGACAGCAUUUCCGUAACACACAAAAUCUACGAAAUCAUAGAAAUAAAGAGCAUGGAAGAAAGAAAGUUGUCUGCUCAGUGUGCGGGGAAAAUAUAAAUGGUAUACAUAGAAUGAGGACGCAUAUGCAGAAUGCGCAUAACAAGAAAUACAAGUGUUUUGUAUGCACAGACUUAUUCGAAACGCACUAUAAGAGAUCAUUGCAUAUGAUGACUGUGCACAAGAAGAGAGAGGAAAUCAAAUGUGAGCUUUGCCCUAAAACUUUUGUCUUUAGAAGUACAAUGAUGAGACAUUACCGAGAGACUCAUUUGCAGGAAAAGAACGCUAUAUGCGCAAUCUGCGGAUGGAAGGGUUUCGACGUGAAAACGAAGAAGCUACGUCUAAAAGAUCAAGCACAUAAGAGCACAUCAACUGAAAACAAAAAGACAAUAUUACGCGAAACUCUAAACACGAUAUUAGAAUAUUCCACAGCGAUGCCGUUCCGCAGGUACGGAAACAAAUAUAGGUGUUUCUAUUGCAACAGCAGUUACCAACAAGCAUCUGACUUGAGGAUGCACACAACUGAUCAUCAGAAUGUCAACAGAUCUAAAAGUGUUAAGAAGGGUGUAACUCAACUAUUAGUUAAACUUGAUAUAUCUGAUCUGCAGUGCAAAAUUUGUUAUCACCCGAUAAAUGAAUUUGAAGACUUGAUCGCGCAUAUAAAAGAACAUGAUGUAGACUUGAACAAAGAUGUUCUGCAAUUUAUCAUUUGUUUUAAACUAUCUGAUGGGGAUAUGAAAUGUUUGGUUUGUAAAGAGAAUUUUGACUUCUUUGGACCCUUGCUUUUGCAUACUCAUCGAAAACACAGUCGUAGAGACUAUAUUUGUGAUACCUGUGGUAUCGGAUUUGGGAGUAAAGGAGCUUUGGGUCGACAUUCCCAAAGCGUCCAUCCGACAAGCACGUAUCAAUGUAGACACUGUGAUAAGAAGUUUUUUGCUGUACACCGUAGGGACAAUCACGAGAAAAGAAUUCAUAAUGUAGACGAACGUAAAUGCAAUAUAUGCGGGGAUGUAUUAGACAGCAUUUAUAAAAAAGAUACGCAUCUAGCAAAAAUUCACAACGUAUGGAGCUCAGAGUUCAAAUGUGAUGAUUGUCCCAAAAAGUUUCGAUAUAAGCAUCUCCUUCUCUCUCACAAUAGAAGAAUACAUUUGAAAGAGAAGACGGUAGUCUGCGAUGUCUGCGGCGAUAAGUUCUUCGAUAGUCGUUUGUUGAAGUUGCAUAUGGUGAAGCAUAGCGAUUUGAAACCGUUCGAAUGUGAAACUUGCCAGAAGAGAUUCCCUAGAAAGUGUGGCUUGAUGAUUCAUACCAGGAUACAUACAAAUGAUAGACGAUAUAAAUGUAAACUGUGUGAGAAAGCGUUCGUUCAAUACGCGAAAGACCCUGAAGCGUUCGCGGAUAAAGAAUAUGAGAAACAGAAAAAAAUCGAGUUUGCCCUUUUGUUGAGAUUUAUAAUUGAAAACUCUACAAUCAUGCCGUUCAGAUGGCACAAAGGCAAGUUCAUGUGCUUCUACUGCUGCGACGUAUUCGAUCUGAGCUCGCAACUGAAGGAGCAUUUCACAAGUCACACUCACGUUGAAAUCGAGGAGAUUCUACUUAGAUGCAUGUACACGAAUUACAGAACUAAACUCGACUUCUCAGACGCUUACUGCAUUAUUUGUCCUAUGGAGAUUGAGAAUUUCGAAGACUAUCUAAAUCAUAUUAAUGAACACCACGAUUUAGUCAUGAAUGAAACAACAAUCAAAUUGUUUGACGAGUUUAAAUUGUCAGACGAGUGUCUCAAAUGUUCUGAAUGCGAGGAUACCUUCAAAAACUUCGCCACACUACUGUACCAUAUCCAUAAAACUCACGUCAACCUUCAAACAGAGAGAUCGCUUUGCGAAGUUUGCGGCAAAUAUUUUCCAAAUGUUGACAAUCACAUAAAACAGAUACACCGCGAGCAAAAGUGCAAAAUUUGCAAUAGAACUUUUCCGUCUAAAUAUGCGUUGGAUACGCACUUUGAAAACAUUCACAAGACAAAUGUAUUGAAAUGUCCUUUGUGUCCAAAAGUUUUAGGAACCAGAUACCUAAAGAAGCGUCAUUUGGCACUAGUGCAUGAUCAGAAGAGUGUGCAGUUAACGUGUGAUAUCUGCUCAAUGAUAUUCACAAGGAAUAACAAACUUCAGAUGCACAAACGCAGAGUACAUUUCAAGGAGAAGAACAUGACGUGUGAGAUAUGCGGCUAUGUAGCAUUCAAUAUGGAAUCCUUAAGACGCCAUAUGGUCAGUCACGACGACGCCAGACCGUUUCAAUGUGAUGUAUCCUCAUCACCCAGUUCUGCUGGCAAUCUGCAACUUAGACGCAACUUGAUCGGACUUCUCACGUUUAUAUUAGAAGAUACAACAGCAAUGCCGUUCCGAUGGUGCGCCAACAAAUAUAUGUGUUUCUUCUGCUGCAGUACCUUCAUAGACAGUUUAAAGCUAAAGGAACACACCAAAGAGGAACACCAAAAUCCCAAAUUGAAGAAUGUUCUCAGAAAUUCCAUAAAAAACAGCACUAUAAAGUUGGACAUAUCAGAAAUGGCUUGCAAAACUUGUCCGAAACCAUUAAAAAAUUUAGACGAAUUUCUAGAACAUGCGGCUAUUGCUCACGACUUGACUUAUAUUAAGGAGGUCAGCUCUCAGGUAUUCGCGUUCAAACUGUCUGACGAAGGCAUGUUUUGUCAAGAUUGUGGGCAGAGCUUCAGGUUUUUCGGUCCUUUAUUGAAACAUGCGCAUCGAUAUCAUCAUAAAUCUAGUCCAUUCCUUUGCGAGAUAUGUGGCCGAGGCUUCAUUAAGCGCGCAAACGUUGAUAGUCAUAUUAAAAAUGCGCAUUCUGGGACACAGAACCAAUGCAACAAGUGCGAGGAUGUUUUCCCCACACUACAUACUUUGAAGACACAUUACGAGAGGGUUCAUAAGAGAAUUAAAUGCCCCAAAUGUCCAGAAACCCUCGACAGCAGAUAUUUGAGGAAGCGGCAUCUAGCAUUGGUGCAUAAUGUACAAACAUCGCAAUUCCACUGCGACGAAUGCCCGCGUAUGUUCACAGAGAAAAGCAAACUGGUCCAGCAUAAAUCUAGGAUACAUUUGAAGGAGAAGACGGUGACAUGUGAAAUUUGUGGCUUUAAAGUGUUUAAUAAUGAACUAUUGAAGAGGCAUAUGGUUAGGCAUGAUGAUUCCAGGCCAUUCGAAUGUGAAAUCUGUAAAAAGGCAUUUCAGAGAAAGAAGACCCUGGAAUUUCAUAGAAGAAUACAUACAAAUGAUAAGAGAUAUGUUUGCAAAGAUUGUGGGAAGGCAUUCGUUCAAGUGACGAGUUUAAAAUUACAUAUUAGAGUUCAUCAUUCCACAAUAAACGACAGUUCUAAGUGGAAUUAA